AGAAAUCUGUUUGUUGUCUCCAGUCAAUCCAAAUCUCGGGGGAAAUCUGUUUGUUGUCUCCAGUCAGUCCAAAUCUCGGGUGCUUGCUCGUUUCUACGAAAUCCAUAGUUAUCCCAUCACCAUCCACCCCCGAACUCCACGCGACCGCCUCCCCAUCCCCCAAAAUGGAACAAGGUAAAACCCCUCCACCCCAUAUCUCCCCCAGGGGCAUGUGGGCGUCCAAACUCGCCCUCCGCGUCAUCCAGUUCGCACUCGCCAUCGCCAUAAUUGGCUGCGUCGGCUCCUUCCUCGCUAGCGGAAUCUCGAGCAUCUUUACCCUCAUUGUCAUUAUUCCCCAGGCCGCCGUCUCCACGAUCUGGUCCUUCGCCGAGGGCAUUUGCAUUAUCACCCGCGCCGGUCGCCGCGGCAUCCACCCCGGCGCCAACGUUGCGGUAGAUCUGCUAUUGUGGCUGGGCCUCGUGGUCGGCACCGUGCUGUUGUGGCUGGGUGGUGCCGCUGCCCCGGUGACUUUCCGCUACUACUAUUCCGGGGAUGGUUACGACCAGGACCGUUAUGACACCCUUACGGAGCUGACGAGGCUGGCGGGUUUGGGGCGGGCGUUGCUCGGGUUGGGGGCGACGUUGACGUGGGUGCUUUCCCUUCCUGUUGUGUACAGAGGGUCGUGGUCGGGGCUAACUUGGUGCGGUUGUGAUUAGGAUCCUGCAUUUUACGACAUUUGUUAUUGCUUGCGUUGAGACGAGCAAUCGGAACCGCGCGGAGAAAGUGGUGUUUGUAACCCAGUACACUCAGGGCCCCCAGUACGGUUACAAUGGUCAAGCCAUGGGGUAUGCUCCGGCACCGCCCGCUCCGGUCUACGAGCACGCUGCUGGGAAGGACAAGGGACAAGUCGAUGACGAAACGAACUGAAAUCUAUGACGGGUGGAUGAUGCGCUUCACUACUGGCUUCGUAUUUCACUUAAGGUAAUGAUGAGGGAUUCAUGGUUUUACUUUCUGGUGCAGAACAGCGCAGGACGGAGCGCCAGACUCCAGAGGCAGAACCAUAUAUGUACCGGCGUAUGAGACUCGCCGAAAGAAGUUAUUUACAUGAAUCGGCUAUCCACCC